CUCUCCGCCAUGUCUCAGCCAAAACUCUUCACACCCUUCAAGGUUGGCGACGCGACACUGCAGCACCGCGUCGUGAUGGCCCCGCUGACGCGUGUUCGCGCGACCAAGACACACGUCCCGACGCCGCUCAUGGCCGAGUACUACGCGCAGCGCGCGAGCACGCCCGGCACGCUCCUCGUUUCUGAGGCGACGUUCAUCGCCGCGCAGGCCGGCGGGCUCCGCCACGUCCCCGGCAUCUGGAGCGACGAGCAGGUCGCCGGCUGGAAGCGCGUCACGGACGCCGUCCAUGCCCAGGGGUCGUACAUCUACGUGCAGCUGUGGGCCCUCGGCCGCGCAGCAGUCCCAGAUGUCCUCCAGGAGGAGGGCAGCUAUCCCUACGUCUCUGCGUCCGACGUGCAGCUGUCGGGAAAGCCCGUCCCGCCGCGCCCGUUGACGAAGGAAGAAAUCAAGGAGUACAUCGCGCUCUACAGCGUAGCGGCACGGAACGCCGUCCGCGCCGGUUUCGACGGCGUCGAGGUGCACGGCGCGAACGGGUACCUCAUCGACCAGUUCCUCCAGGAUGUGACGAACACGCGCACGGACGAGUACGGUGGCUCGGUCGAGAACCGGGCGCGCUUCGCGCUCGACGUGCUCGACGCUACAGUAGCGGCCGUCGGUGCGAGCAAGGUCGGCAUCCGGCUCAGCCCGUGGAGCACGUUCAACGAUAUGCGUAUGGCGGACCUGAAGCCCAGUUUCAGCUACCUGGUGUCGGAGACCGCGGAACGCUGGCCGUCUUUGGCCUACAUCCACCUGAUUGAGCCCCGUGUAGACGGCAGCAACGACAGAGAGGUACAGGAAGGGGAGUCAAACGACUUCCUGAGGGAGAUUUGGGGCGAGCGGCCGUUCAUCAGCACUGGUGGCUACAACCGCGAACUUGCACUCAAGGUCGCCGAGACCAAGGGCGGCUUGAUCGGUAUCGGUAGACUGUUCAUCUCAAACCCCGACUUGCCGAUGCGAUGGCAGAAGGACAUCAGUGCCGACAAGGGCGACCGUUCAACGUACCACGCUAUGGAGAGCCCUGAGGGAUACAUCGAUUAUCCUUUUGCUGACGAUUCUGUUGCUCCUGAGCGGUUUAAGGAGCUCUCUAACUGGGCAUAAAUGCGUAGUCAAGAUCUAGGAUGUCACGCUUGGGCAUGUAAAACAGAGACUGAACAAAAUGUAUAGACGUGUUCCGC